UGUCAAUCAUCUGCUUUGUAAAUUGUUUGUAUGAUACAAAGUUUUAUUUGUAGGCAUUAUUAGUAAGUUCAGUUAAAACACGAUGUAUGAAAAGUGUUCUGUGGAAGGGGAGUUUGACUAUACCCUAGUUUAUGAAUACCAGCCAAAUGUCCAUCAAAUUGUUAUUUCAAAUGAUUACAAAGGAAAGGAAUUGGAGGUCUCAUGUUAUGAAUUAAAUUUAAGUAUUAAUUUGAAAAGUAAAGAGUUCACGACUGAAGUAAAAAUAAUAUUUAAUACUACUGCCAGUCGACAGUUCUUGGUUUUGAAGACAGGUGACUAUGAAAUAUCAUCAGUUGAAUUGAAAAAAGGGGAUCUUUUAGUGCCGAUUGAAACAAUAAUAAAUUACAAACCUGCACAAAGUCUAGUCAUUCAUCUGGAACAGAAAUUACUUCAAAAUGAAUAUGUGCUAACUAUUAAAGGAAAAGGCCUAAUAAACGAAACAAUGAAUGGCCUAUGUUUUGUCUCUUUAAAAAACAGUGACAGUUAUUUAUUGAUAACACAAAUGAGACCAAAUAAUGCACAAUCGCUUUUUCCUUGUUUUGAUCAAGCCCAAUUGUUAGCAACUUUCCAAUUUAACUUGAUGGCUCCAAGUGACGAGUUUUUAAAACCGGUUUCAAACACACAGCCUGAGAAAUUUAUUACAGGCUUCCCAGAAGAGCACAUGACAACCGUUUCAUUCAGUAAGACCACAUUGAUGCAUCCCAGUAAAUUUUUUUUGGCUCUAGGAAAUUAUACUCACUCAGAACCAUUUGUAACAAAAGGUGGUUUUAUUAUCACUAUAAUUAGCCGGAAUGAGAUUUCUUAUAGCCUACAGGAAAUUCCAAAACUGACUAAAACCAUUUUGGAAAUUCUUACAAAAUAUUUCCACACAACAGUGCCAACAAACUCAUUAAACAUUAUUCUUGUGCCUAAACCAUGGCCAUACAUGGCGUGUGCAGGAAUACCAGGCAUUUUAAUCUGUGAGGAGUCUUUAUUAACUAAUUUGAAGAAAAAAAAUUGUAUGGAAUUUAUAAAGUCUAUAAUGUUUUUGGUACAUGAACUUUGUCAUUCGUGGCUUGGAGGUGAUGUUACAAUUGAUAAUUGGGAUGAUGAAUGGAUUCUUGAAGGAAUUGUCAGUAUAGUAGCACACGAAUGUGGGGAAAUGUUAUACCCUCAAUGGUAUGAUGAAUGGAUUCCCAUAAUGCAUCAAAUAUUUCCAUUGCUUCACUUUAAAUCCAAUAUCAACACCGGUUAUUUUAAACAUAGUAACAUUCUGGGCCAAAUUUUUAGUGAACACAGUCAUGAAGAAUUUAUCAACACAAAAUGCAAGAGCAUGGCAUUAUUCAGAAUGGUAUGGUCCAUUUCACCCACUGCAUUUAGAGUAGUCCUUAUAAAUUUGCUGAAUAGAAAAGAACGAGUUAAUGACUUGCAUAUUUGGAAUGACCUGUGGUCAGAUGUUGAAGUUCAACCAGAAGCUCUCUUGCAGGAUUGGAAUAAGAGUCCAAAAUAUCCAGUAAUAAAUGUUCGCACCACGUAUAAAGACAAUGAUCAAGUCUUAACUCAGAGCGUUUUUCAAAGCAUCACAAGUAAAUCUGAUUUUGAUCCAUAUAAUCAGAACUAUUCCUGGACAAUACCAAUUAAAUACAUUGAUUUAACUCAACCUAAAAUCAUUCUGAAAAUAUGGUUUCCACAGGAUAUUCCUGAAGUUACAAUAACCAAUUUAAAAGGAAAAUGGUUGAAAAUAAAUUGGCACCAGAGAGGGUUGUUUAGAGUAAACUACACUUAUGAUCAGUGGGGAAAAUUCACUGAAAUGCUGAAUAAAAAUCCAUCUUUACUGGAUCCUCAGGACCGUGCGAACCUUGUAGAUGAUGCAUUCAGUUUAGCUAGUGCAGGAUAUUUUCAAUACCAUGUUGCACUUGAGUUGAGUUCAUAUAUAACACAUGGAGAGGAAAGACAAUAUUUUCCACUCACAGUUUCUUUUCACCACUUAAGAAAAAUGUAUCUUUUGUUUUACAAUAAAAAUGGGCAAGCAUUACUACAAAAAUACAUCCACCAUAUACUUUUUAAAUAUAUACAACAAAAUGUUUGGCAAGUGAAUAAGUUAUCUCCCACUGAAACAUUAAGGAGAGUAGAAAUCAUAUCAGCAGCAUGCUGGUCUGGGUAUCAACCAGUGUUGGAUACAGUCAGAGAGAGUUUUUUGGACUGGUUAGAUGAAAAAGAAAACCCAAAUCUGCAUGUCGAUUUAAUAGACUGCAUCACUGUAUAUGGACUUGCUGGCAGAGUGGACAAACAUUUGUGGAGGAGAGUAUUCCAAAUCUUCAUGACAAGCCAGAAUGUUAAACAUAGAGCUCGUUUGUGGUCAGCAUUGUCAGGAAUUGAUGAUGAAAACCUUCUACUAGGAAUGCUAAACGCUUUUUUAUCAAAAGACCAUUCUCUGGAAACAGUUUUAGAAAGAUUAUUGCAACCAGCUGAAAAUCCAUUGGCAGCAAAGUUAAUUUUAGAAUAUAUUUUGACACAUGUUCCAAUGUUGACUGUAGCCAGUUUUGAAGUAGUGGAAAAAGCAACUAGAUGCUUGAAAAAAUUAAUCUACUUCAUUGAAGACAUAAACUUAAUAGAACAGACUUUAAGCUAUACCAGACUGUGCAAAAAAAUUCCCCAAGCCCGAGAGGUAGAAGAAACCAUAAUGGAAAUGAUAAUAUGGAAUGAAAGGCAGUCCGACGUUGUCAAAGAAUGGCUACAACAGUUCUUUGAACAUUAAAUAUAUUCUUGAACACCAUUUGCAAAUAAUGUAUGCAAUAUUAAUAAUAUAAUAAGUUCAUACAUAA